AUGCAAGAGGAGAAGAAGGUGAAGGUGAAGAAAGGGUGGGUGGCAGUGGAAGUGGGAUUAGCAGAUGAUAAUGAAGAUGGAGGAAUCUUUCAAAGAUUUGCAAUCCCAAUUUCAUAUUUAUAUCAUCCUCUAUUUCAAAGGCUUCUUGAUGAAGCUCGAGAAGUAUACGGCUACCACACAACGGGCCCUCUUAGACUGCCAUGUUCAGUCGACGAUUUUCUUCAUAUUCGGUGGCGGAUUGAGAAAGAAACCACUAGUCACAGUCACCACCACCGCCACCUCUCAGCUUCUUUAUCGUUUCACUCGUGUUAA